AGGAAACCUCCAUUGAAGCAAAGAAAAGACCGUCGUGAAUCAACUAACACGCAUUUUAUCAUACCCACCUCACCAUGACUACUCCUGCAUCUGCUCCCGGUCGUCUUUUGCGGUUGACCUUGCAGAUCUACCGCAACCAGGCAAACAGCUCCAACGAGGCGAGAGAGAAGUUUGCCCGCGAAUAUCUCGCCAAGGUUGCUGUUAUAGUUGCGAAGCACGGCAUUGAGAAGUAUCAGCAGGUCUACCACCCCCUAGCAUUCCGUGAAGCCCUCGGAGAAUCAAGCCGCCGCAACAAUCGUGGCUGGGUCAUUGAUGACCACGACCUCACCAUCGAAUUCUACUUCCGGAACUUUCUCGCCAUGAACAAUGUCCGCAACGACCCCGAGUUCCAGGCUCUGCAGGCCAGCGAAGGGCCGUACGUCAAUCUCGUACACACCGUCGCUACCCUAGGCUGGGUCGAGCAGUAUGUGGAUGAUGGGAAGGUGGUCAAUCUGGGGCCCGAUGGACAGUCAACUUAUCCUUCUUGGGCGGAGUUGGGUGAUGUACAGUCGAUCUUUCCUCCGAAGCCUGCCGAGGAGAAUGCUUAGGUGUGACGGAAUAAAAGGUGGACAUAUUGCUGUCUUGAUAGUCUUUGAAUGAUAGAGUUGAUCGAGUUGAAUGUGAAAUGGUUGGGUUGAUACCGUGUUACUUGGAAAGUGCACCCAUGUGUGCUGGACGAAGCCGGGUGUUGCAUAUGCGGAAUCAUAAGGGGGGAACGAAUACGAAUAAGUCCCAGGUUGCGACAUGGAAG